GACAUCCAUGGAGAUUGAAGCAUAGCGGCAAGCAACCGACACUGUUGCCCCCACACUGCUGCCCUUCUGUCAACAAACCUCUCUUCAAUCCGCAACUCUAUCCCAUUCUGUAAUCAGAGAGCAUCAAGUUCUCUUUAAAUUACCAUGGCGUUCUAAGCAUCCCCACUUUGAUCAGGCCAGAGGACGAUUGAACAAUGGCGGCUGUGAAGAAAGUUGGCAUCAUAGGUGCUGGCGUCAGUGGGCUCAUCGCCUGCAAGUAUGUGCUGCAGAAGGGGUUCCAUCCCGUUGUGUUCGAGGCGAGCGACUCCAUCGGAGGUGUGUGGACUCAGACUGUGGCCUCCACCCGGCUGCAGACGCCAAGGUUCCUCUAUGAGUUCAUCGACUUCCCAUGGCCUCCCCACGUGAAGGAGGUCUACCCCGACCACAACCAGGUCCUCCAUUACCUGCAGUCCUAUGCUGAUCACUUCGAUCUGCUGAAGCACAUAAGGUUCAACUGCCGGGUGGAGGGCGUGGAGUACGUCGACGCCUCCGGCGACGGCCAACUUAUGUCGUGGGAAGAGUGGGGAGGCACCGGCGAGGACUUCGGCUCCAAAGGGUGUUGGCAUAUCACGUUCCACGACAAACUGCUUAGAUCCGACCAUGUGAUGGAAGUGGACUUCAUAAUCAUGUGCAUAGGACGCUUCAGUGACUUCCCCAACCUGCCUGAUUUUCCACCUAACAAGGGACCGGAAGUUUUCCGGGGACAGGUGAUGCAUUCCAUGGAUUACUCCCGCAUGUCCGACUCCGACGCCGCUGCCCUUGUCUCCGGCAAGCGUGUUAUAGUAGUUGGCUUCCAAAAGUCCGCCUUAGACAUCGCCGCGGAGUGCGCGGAAGCAAAUGGGGUAAAGACUCCAUGCACUGUGUUGUUCAGAGAUCCUCAAUGGAACCUUCCUGGUUUCAGUGUAUGGGGAGUGAAUCUCGGAUUCUUAUACCUCAAUCGCGUGUCAGAAUUGCUGGUGCACAAGCCUGGCGAGGGAGCUCUGCUUAGUCUGCUGGCUACCUGUCUCUCUCCAUUGAGGUGGAUGAGAGCCAAAUUUGUGGAAAGCUACAUCAAAUGGAAGGUCCCUUUGAAGAAAUACAAUGUCGUGCCCAGCCAUAGCUUCGAGGAGCAGAUCUCCUCCUGCAGAAUUGUAAUCCUACCAGAUAAAUUCUACUCCAAUGUGGAGGAAGGAAGCAUCAUACUCAAGAGAGCUACCAAUUGGAGCUUCUGCGAGAAGGGCGUGGUUUGUGAGAGCGAUGAUUCGCCCGUGGAAGCGGACAUUGUAAUCCUUGCCACCGGAUAUAGAGGGGAUAAGAAGCUCAAGAACAUCUUCAAGUCCCCAUUGUUUCAGAAAAUCAUCUCACGAUCAGAAUUUGAUACACUUGGCUUGUACAGAGAGUGCAUCCACCCGCGGAUUCCGCAGGCCGCCAUUAUCGGCUACUCGGAGAGCUUGUCGAAUUUGUAUACCUCAGAGAUGAGAACCCGAUGGGUGGUUGAAUUCAUGGAUGGUGGAUUCAAACUGCCUAGCAUCAGGCAGAUGGAAGAGGAUGCCAAGAAGUGGGAGAAGUAUAUGAAGCAACACGCAGGGAAACAUUUCCGGAGGUCGUGUGUAGGGGCACUCCACAUCUGGUACAAUGAUCAGCUCUGUAAAGAAAUGGGGCGCAACCCCAGAAGAAAAGGCAGCUGGUUUGAAGAACUUUUCAUUCCUUACCUUUCUAGGGACUAUGCCAAUCUAUAAUUUCAACCCUCUAUGUUUGAAUUACGCAUUUUUCUGUGUGAAAGUUUGCAUGCGCUCGAAUUUGUGCAUGUUUAUGUAUAAUAAAAUCACACACAGAGAGAGGGGAGAAUGAAAUGAAUUUGACACUGGAUAAAUAUGAAAGUCAGCAAACUACCAAAUUCUGUAUGAUGACUUUUUUUAACUUGAUUUAUUGGUCUGUGAUGCUGCUUUUCAGUUGAACUGAAGCGUGAAUGA